CGCGUAUUUUACAUGAAAAUGAAUGCCUCGCGGGUGAUGAUGCUUCCUGGUAUCCGCGCCGCCGCGUCUCGGCGUGUAUUGCCCUCCUCCUCCCCGAUGCGGAGGAGCUUCUCUGCCUCGCUGCCGACGCGGGAUGCAGUGGGCUCUGCGCUGCCUGCUAAGAAGCCUGUGGGCGCGUUUCGAGGGGGGCUGUUUGGCUUCCUGGCUGGGACUGUUGCUGCUGGUGCGGCGGUCUAUUACUAUAUUUUGGGGGAGUAUCGGGUGUCGAACGAGAUGUUGUCGGAGGAUAUCGAGGCUCUCCAAUCAGCGACACUAAAGCUGCAGACCUAUAUCGGUGAACUGGAAACAAAGGUGGACCAGCUUAAGAAGAAAUGAAAUGCCGCAGGCUAUGGAAUUGCGAAACUUCAUCUCCCUUGUUCAUCUUCAUGGCGUUCGGUUGUUAUUCUGGAAUUUUAGCAUGUCCUCUACUUGCCAUUUCGGGUAGGGGCGAUAUUUGUAAAAAGUCAUAUGGACACGUUACUUGCAUUCUAAUGUACCGAUCGUCCUAUCAAACAGACAGUGU